UGCCGCCUCACAAGCGGCAGGACAACGUGCCCAGUCGGUUCGCCUUCUCGUUCUCUCGUGCUCUCGGCAUUCUCGAAGACAAAGAUAAACAGUCUCAGACACCGGUUACAAUAACAAAGGAAGUGCAAGAGAAGGAGAGAGGGCCCUAUUACUUGCCCGGAAACGGAAAGGCGGCGGAAGUGCAGUCCUCUAAGCAAGGAUAUUACACAUACGCACGGGCGGCACUUUAGUCUCCGGCCCGAUAAGGAAAUUACUCAUACGCAACGGUGGACGACAAUGGGAACCCCGCAUGUUUGCUUCGCCGAUGAGUUGCCGCAACAGCAGCAGCAACAACAACAGCAACAACAACAACAUAUGAGCGCCAGCAAUGGAAGCCUGAACAACAACAACAGUCUCAGCAAAUUGGAAGUGGGCUACGGCACUUCCACGCCCUCGCCGGGCGGCAGCUUGAGCGUCUCGCCCACGCCGCGCUACGAACGCAAUCUGGGCUUCUUUCGGCAGCUGAGCCGUCGCUUCGGCCUGAGGUCGCAGGAUGACCUAGUUCAAUCGGAUGACGCAGCUGCAGUUGCAACAUCCACGGCGGCCAAGGGGGCCGGAGCCGGUGCAGGAGGCACUCUGCUGGAAGAGGAUGCCCACAGUUCAUCGACCGACUCGUGCUCCUCGGGGCGUGGCCUCAGCAACGCUCAGCAGUCGCGUCUGGAACUGAUGUCCAUGUCCUGCGCCUCCAGCGAAACCAGCAGCACCCUGGACAUCGAGGAGCAGCAGGAACAGCAACUUCAGCUCCAGCAACAACAACAACAACAGCAGCAGGAGCAGUUGCAGGCCAAAAAGAAGCCCGUUAGUCGAGCCAGCUUUUCGCGCCUGCACCGGCGCUCCACGUCCUCGCUGCGUCGCGCCUUCGAAAGCCUCUCGCUGACCUCUCGCUCGCUCUCCUGCAGCGGCCCCUCGCCGCCACCACCCCCCUCCGCGAUCCAGCCAGCAGCCGCCUUGCCUCUGAAGUCAGCCCUCAAGUCCGCCUCGAACGUGGAACUCAACAGACAGCAGAAUCAUCAGCAUCAGCACCAGCACCCUCACCCGGCGGGCAGGUCGUCCUCCACCUCGAGCUCGGGGUCCAAAAGCAAGCAGAAGCCGCCGCCCCAGAGGAUUCUGCGCCAGCCCGUAUCCUACACAUAUCUGAAGGGCAUGUCCGGUCUGCCGACGCAGCGGGUGCCGCGCAGCUCUGUCUGCUGCCAGUAUGCCAGGCGUUGAGGAUCCUCCAGGACGUCCCAAAUCAUCUAUAACAGCCGGUAUAAAAACCCAGAUAAAUAUUCCUUGUUUUCUUUCUUUUAUUUAAUUCUUUUUAAAAUCCUAGCCUAAUAAGAUGAUCAUUUAAAAAUAUAAUUACUAAAUUAUAAUCAUUAAUAGAUUUAAAAAAUCUACAUUUUAAAUUAACUUAAAAAACAGCUUAAGUACUAAAUACUUUGCUCAAGAAGCUGUUUAGAAUUCAUUUAGCUUUUAGUGCAUCUACCCUGGCUCCCAAAAUUCAUUUCAAAAUCUGUGAUACAAGAAUUUUCCCCCAUCCUAGAGAGCAUCCUUGAAACUCCCUUCCUUUAUCCUGAUAAAUCCAUCAUAUCCAAAAGUCUUCUCACAACCGUCGGUAAAAUUGGUAAAAAUAUAAAAGAAUUAAAAACAAAACCAUUGGAAUGAUAAGAAUUUUAUAAAAAUUUGAUUAACUUUUGCACUUACGAGAUAUAUUACAAAAAUUAAAGUAGAAGCGUAGAACUCGUCAUGAAAAUAUACAAUAUACACGCAUUCGUCACCGCUUUGAUGCUAGAAUAAGAUCAUGUCACGCAUACCGAAGACUGUAAACACUAAAAAAUAAAAGAAUAAAAAUAUUGAGAUGGAAGAUCUCAAGUUAAAACUUUAAAGGUUUGAUUGAUUGAGUGUAAAAGUCACAAUAGAUUUCCUUUUGUAUAGAUUCUUAUACAAUUCGUGCCUUUAUCAAAAGUCAAAGCAAACAAAGAUUCACAUAAGUAUUUGUUCCAAAAAUUAAACUAAACUAUAAAAAUAUACAAGAUAAGUUAAUGUAAUUUCCUUUGUAACUGUUUAAUGGGAUCAAAAUUGACGAGCAUUUAAGUAUUUGUUCCGCAAAAUCCUAAAACCUUAAGACACUUUGAUUGUUUACCUUAAGAACCUUUAUUCAAAUCAAAAUUAUUUGCCAAACCAAGUAGAGUUUAUGCAUAGAAUCCAAGUACUUAGACCCAGCACUCGAGCAAGUAGCGUUCAGACGUAGAGUAUAUAGCCGAAGCAGCCGCGCAACUGACUUAACAAGUAUUCAAGAUAUACAUUACUUUAGCCGUUAUACACAUUUACAGUUUAUAGAGAAGAAAUAUUAAGAAAUUACAAACCAAGGCCUACUAUAUAUACUUGUACGAAUGCAUUAGCAUUGAAUCAUAAGCCAAAGCAAUAACGUUGAUGGGUUAUACAGAACAAUAUCAGCAUUAAUAUACAGAACAUAUAUACAGCAGCAUCUUAUAAUUAACUAUUUACCUAAGCAGCAGCCAAGCAGAAAAAGCAGAAGAAUUGUAAUCAUUUGAAGGCCAAUAGCCUCGA